UUGCUGCUGUCGCUUUUGGCGUUCGGCCAUCCAGAAACAAACCAGUUCGAUGACUACUAAUAGUUAUAGCCAGAUGUACUAAUACACAACAAAUCACAGUCCUGCAGAGGGGCGCGCAAAUGAGUUCCUAUUUUGUGAAUCCCACUUUCCCCGGGAGCCUGCCCAGCGGCCAGGACUCUUUCUUGGGCCAGCUGCCCCUCUACCCGGCCGGCUAUGACGCGCUGAGGCCCUUCCCGGCCUCGUACGGGGCGUCGAGCCUCCCGGACAAGACGUACACCUCACCUUGUUUCUACCAACAGUCCAACUCGGUCCUGGCCUGCAACCGGGCGUCCUACGAGUACGGGGCCUCGUGUUUCUAUUCUGAUAAGGACCUCAGUGGCGCCUCGCCCUCAGGCAGUGGCAAGCAGAGGGGCCCCGGGGACUACCUGCACUUUUCUCCCGAGCAGCAGUACAAACCCGACAGCAGCAGCGUGCAGGGCAAAGCCCUCCAUGACGAAGGCACGGACCGGAAGUACACGAGCCCCGUUUACCCCUGGAUGCAGCGGAUGAACUCCUGCGCGGACAACAUAGGCGGCCCGGAAGGCAAAAGGGCUCGGACGGCCUACACCCGCUACCAGACCCUGGAGCUGGAGAAGGAGUUCCACUUCAACCGCUCCCUGACCCGGCGCCGCCGCAUCGAGAUCGCCAACGCGCUCUGCCUCACCGAGCGCCAGAUUAAGAUCUGGUUCCAGAACCGCCGCAUGAAGUGGAAAAAGGAAAAUAAACUCAUCAAUUCCACGCAGCCCAGCGGGGAGGACUCUGAGGCAAAGGCGGGCGAGUAGACGCCAGGGCCGAGAC